AUGAGGAAGAAAAAAAAGGUCUCAAUAAACUACAUCAUCUUUGAAGUCCCACCUUCCUAUAUUAUUGUCUACAUAAUUGAACAGCGACUUACAGUAGUGAUUCAAAUCAAACCUAUUAUGCAACUGUAUCUGGUUUUGGAACCAUCAUUUCAAACUAUGACUUGUGGUCUUUGUGGAAAUUUCAACAACAUACAGAUCGAUGAUCUCAAGUCCUUAGGUGGUGUGGUUGAGGGGACUGCUGCUGCUUUUGUAAACACAUGGAAAUCAUCAGCCCUUUGUCCAAAUGUUAAAAACAUCUUUGAUGACCCUUGCAGUCUUAGUGUGGAAAGUGAGGAGUAUGCCAAAUACUGGUGUUCACAAAUCACCGAUCCUUCUGGGGCCUUGAGUACGUGUCACAGUAAAGUGGACCCAAAUAUUUAUUACAAGAACUGCCUGUGGGACACCUGUAGCUGUGAACAAAGUGAAGAUUGUAUGUGUGCUGCCAUUUUUUCUUACAUUAAAAUAUGUGCUGCUAAAGGAAUUACAGUAGAAAACUGGAUAAACAAAGCUUGCAGCAAGUAUACAACCCUCUGUCCCGAAAGCCAGAUCUUUAGCUACAUGAUAAAUUCAUACCCACCCACCUGUCGCUCUCUUAGUGAACUGGACAUCACCUACCAAAUCUACUUUGAUCCACUGCCUGGCUGCACAUGUGAGCAAGGAUACUAUAUGAAUGAUGGUGGCAUAUGUGUUCCAGCUUCUGCCUGCCCAUGUUACUAUGAUGGGAUUGAAAUACCUGCAGGACAAACUACAAACAAAGAUGGAGUUUUGUGGUACUCCAACGGAUUCUACAUGGACAAGGGGACCAAGGUGCUGCGUGGGACACUAGCUGUCUGGGUCACUGUGUUAUAUUUAACCUAUUCCUGUGUUUAUGCCCUGCUGUUCUGUAUGUCUGGGAAAAAGGUUACAUGUCAGUACUGUAACACAAAGUUUUCCCCCUACCCCAGUGGGUCUCUCUUGUGUACUCAGUGCAGUAUCCCUUCUCAGGGUAACAGUUCUCUGGAGCCAGCAUGGCUGGACUCCAUUAAGGGGAUGAUUACUGAUAUAACUACUGAACUAGCUACUGCCAAGCAAGAAAGGCAGGUGUGUAAAAAAUCUAUUGAUGAUUUUCUUGUUCACACUGCAGACCUCAGACCUGCUUCCCAACCCCCUCUGCCAGUUUCACAGAAACGCACACUGCCCCAUGUGCUCCAGUUUAACUCUGAUAAUGACAUGCCAGAUUUGGAGGAGGUAGAAGUUGAGGGGGAUAAAGCAGAGACUGCUCUGUCUCAUGGAGUGGAAGCUCUGAUUUAUUCUAUUAAAGAGGUCCUAAAUAUCCCUGAAAAGGAAAGAGAACCUCAUGUGGAAUUGUUUUUCAAUAUAAAACCUAAGUCUCAUGCUACAUUUCCUGUUUCUAUGGAAUUAAACACGCUUUUUAAAGAAACACGCCUUUUGAGCGUAUCCCCUUUUCCAGAGCACGCGCACAUAGUUACAGUCUUCAGUCUUUUCAUACCCCCACAUCUAAAUUUCCACUUCGACCACUUGAUCGAACAAUCAAUGAAGGAACUGGAUAAAAUCAAAUGCAAAAUCAGUAAUUUUGAGAAGAUCCACAUGCCUACCUUGACAAGUGAUCAAGAUAUAGAAUGGCUUGACAAAUUAAAUACACAAAUAAAUCAAUAUAAAAGAGAUCUGAUCCGUUUUAAAAAAGAGAAACAGUCUAAAGUGGAUCUUGAUUAUGAAAAGCACACAGUGUACAAGUGGAUAUCAGGCGGCUCACAACAAGAAUCUAAACACCGAUUCUUUAGACAGAAUAAAAAACCUUUAUCAAGACUUGACACUGAAUCCUCAGCAGACACUGGUAGUUCCAACACUGAAACAGAGCAAUCCACAGUGAUUGGAGGAAUACUGGAGAGUGGUGAUCUCAGGCCUGGAGGAAGGGGAAUUCCUGGUAUUCCUGGAUAUCAAGGAUGCAUACCUUCACAUCCCGAUAUGGCCACCUCAUCAGGCUUACCUCAGGUGUUCACAAAGGUGAUGGCAGAGAUGAUGCUACAACUCUGUAUGAUGAGUGUGAACAUCGUUCCAUACUUGGAUGAUCUUCUCAUAAAAGUGGUAUCCGAGGCUUGGUUGUUGGAAAGCAUAGCCCUGACUACACGGCUACUGAUAGAUCACGGGUGGAUUCUUAAUCUACAGAAAUCACACUUGGUACCAUUACAGAGGCUUCAGUUCUUGGGGAUGAUCCUGGACACAGUGUCUCAGAAGGUGUUCCUUCCUAUGAACAAGGCCUUGACUAUUCAGUCAAUGGUGCGCUUCAUUCUGAAACCUCCAAAAAUCUUGGUGCAUCUUUGCAUCCGCCUGCUGGGCAAGAUGGUAGCCUCAUACGAGGCAAUUCAGUAUGGAAGGUUCCAUGCCCAUCCAUUCCAGCUGGAUCUGCUGGACAAAUGGUCGGAUGAAAGAAAAGUACUUACCAGAGGGCUGAAGUUUGCCCCUACUAGUCAGUUAGAGCCUUUUGGUUUUUACGUGGACUUACAGAAGUUUAUACGUAAACUUACACUGAGGAGGUUCUUUACUGGUAAAAACAAUGAUGAGGUGGGGAACUCGGAAGCUCAAUCCGGUUCCCAAUUUAAACCCAAAUCAUUGUUUUACCCUACGUUUGCAAAAGGGAGCUUUAUAGACUGCUUUAGCAAACUUGUACUGGACGAUGUUGAACAGACCUUGAGAAAAAAACGUAGGAAGUGCAAUUUAACCAAAAAGGAAUGGUCCGCUUUAAAAUCUUUGAAGAGCGAUGACAGUAUUAUUAUAAAACCCGCAGAUAAGGGUGGGGGUCUAGUCUUGAUGGAUAAGGUAGAUUGCAUAGCUGAGUUGGAUCGCCAGCUCAGUGAUGGGAUCACUUAUUCAAAAAUUAAGGCAGACCCCACCUUAAAGAUCAGUGAAUCAUUGCGUAAAUGGACAACAGAAGGCCUAUUAAAGGGUGUUAUAACAAAGGAUGAGUUCGAUUUCAUCAACAUCGAACAUCCUACAAUUCCUACUAUUUAUUGCCUACCUAAGAUCCAUAAAAAUCCGGUCUGUCCCCCAGGUAGACCUAUAGUGUCUGGGGUGAACAGUGUUACUUCUAAUCUCUCAAUGCUGUUAGAUCAUUACCUACAACCGUUAGUUAAAUGCACUAAAUCUUACUUAAAGGAUACAGGACAACUUCUAACUAUAUUGGAUGGUUUGGGAUGGGAAGAGAACUAUGUUCUUGCGAGUUCUGAUGUAUCCACCCUCUAUACAAUUAUAGAAGAAGAAAAAGAGGGUAUUAGGUUUAUCCUAAGAAAUAAUUAUUUUGUGUUUAACGGUAAUUAUUACCUUCAAUGUGUGGGGACUGCAAUGGGCACCAGGUUCGCCCCGAGCUAUGCUAACCUCUUCAUGGCCUAUUGGGAGGAAAAGGCGAUAUGGCAUGGAGAGCAACUCGGGGCGGGCCUGGUGCUAUGGCGUCGCUAUAUAGACGAUAUAUUAUUUGUAUGGAACGGGGAUCUGAAAGAUCUAGACCUGUUCAUUGAAGGACUUAACAACAACCCAUUUAAUAUUAGGUUAACUACCACUAUAAGUCAGAAGGAAAUAAUGUAUUUGGACCUUUGCAUUUAUAUAGCAAAUGGUUCAAUUAAUACGAAAUUAUACCGGAAACCUACUGACUCUAAUGGGUUUAUUGAAAGGACCAGUCAACAUCAUGAUCACUGGUUGGAUGGGAUUCCCUACAGUCAAUUACUAAGGGUUAAACGGAAUUGUACUGAUUCCAGUACCUGUGAGAGCCAAAUGGGCGAUUUAUGUGAACGAUUCCUUGAGAAAGGUUAUAGUAAAGAAAGCUUAGCCAAAGCUCAGGAGAGAGCUAAUACUGUAGAUAGGAAAGAUCUAAUACAGGGAACUAAUCAGAAGGUAUCAAGAGAGAAUGAUUUCAAGUGGUCUUUCAUCACUGAUUUCAAUUCACAGUAUAGGGAAAUUGAGUCCAUCAUGAAAAAACACUGGAUGGUGCUCACUAAGGAUCCCGUUUUAGGCCCAAUAUUACCCUCUAAGCCUAGGUUUAUCAAUAGAAGGUCUAGAUCUAUUAAGGAUAACCUAGUGCGUAGUUCUAUUGAAGUCCCCAAGAGAACUAGUAUCAGAAAUUGUAUAUCUCCAAUGACAUUUAAUGAUUGCGAUCCAUCGAAAGGAAUAACCACUGGAGUAGAGUGUGCUAAAAGUUGUAGUACUCUGGAUAUGCAUUGUUAUUCGAAAAGGUGUGUCCCGGGAUGUGUCUGUCCACCUGGACUUUUGUCUGAUGACCAUAGGGGCUGCAUUCCUGAAGAACAAUGCCCAUGUGUCCAUAAUGAAGCCACAUAUAACACAGGAGAGGUGAUCAAAAUCCCAUGCAACACUUGUGUUUGCAAGGACAGAAGGUGGGAGUGUACUAACAAUACCUGCCUGUCAACCUGUACUGUUUAUGGUGAUGGACAUUAUAUUACCUUUGAUGGAAAACGCUUUGAAUUUAAUGGGGAAUGCCAAUAUGCUCUUGCUCAGGAUCACUGCUCUGGGAAUGAUAAUAAUAGCACCUUCAGAGUCAUUACAGAAAAUAUCCCUUGUGGGACCACAGGAACAACCUGCUCAAAAUCUAUCAAAGUUUUUCUGGAGGGCUAUGAAAUAAUCCUUGUUGAUGAUCACCUUAAAGUCGUACAAAGAGGUUCUAUCACAGAUGUUCCAUACAGAGUGCGAUUAAUGGGCAUCUUCUUGGUCUUUGAAGCUAAAAAUGGAUUGUCACUGAUAUGGGAUAAGAAGACCAGCAUCUUCAUCAAAAUUACUGAAGAUUUUAAGGGGAAGCUUUGUGGAUUGUGUGGAAAUUACGAUGGAAAUAGGAUGAAUGAUUUCACUAUGCGGACCAAUGCAAUUGUUGGAAACACUGAAGAAUUUGGAAACAGCUGGAAGUUAUCCACCAGUUGUCCAGAUGCAACAGUUCACAGGAAUCCUUGUUCUUUAAAUCCAUACAGAUUACCCUGGGCACAAAAGCAGUGCGGUGUCAUUAACAGUGAAGUCUUCUCCGAGUGCCAUCCACAAGUUGAUCCAUGCAAGUACUAUGAUGCCUGUGUUUCUGAUUCAUGUGCUUGUAACACUGGAGGCGACUGUGAAUGUUUCUGUACAGCUAUUGCUGCCUAUGCCCAGGCAUGUGGAGAAUUUGAUAUAUGCAUCUCCUGGAGAGGUCCAAACUUUUGUCCUCUCUUCUGUGAUUACUACAAUGACAACAAACUAUGUGAAUGGUCCUACAGAGCUUGUGGUGUUCCAUGCAUGAAGACCUGCAGGAACCCAACUGGGAUAUGCCAAAAUGAGUUAAAAGGCUUAGAAGGAUGUUACCCCGAGUGUCCAGAAGACCAGCCUUAUUUUGAUGAGGAUGAAAUGAUGUGUGUUGCAAUUUGCGGCUGCUAUGAUGAGGAAAGAAAGCAUUACAAGUUGGGGGCAAACGUUCCCAGUGAAGAGAAUUGCUAUAUUUGUAAUUGUACCAUGAAUGGCAUAGAAUGUACAUACCAUGUGGAAAGCUGCAUAUGCGAGUACGAUGGACACUUCUAUAAAUAUAAUGAAACUAUUUACACCAUCUCAAAAGGGGAAGGAGUCUGUGCCGAUUUUAUAUGCAAGGAAAAUGGAACCAUCAUCGAAGUUGACUACCCAUGUGCCACUACUACGGCAACCACAUUUACCACAGAAACUAAAACCACAACAUCAACGUACACUACCACAUAUCCCUCAACAACUACAGCACUUACAAGUACACCUACAGUUACAUCCCAAACAACGGCUACAUCACAAGGAACUCCAGCAACCCCAAACUGUACAUCAGUGUGUGAGUGGACAGAGUGGUUUGAUGAAUAUGAGCCUACCUUUGGAAAUGAAGGAGGAGAUUUUGAAAACUUACAAGCUAUAGAAGAGGCUGGCUUUCAAGUCUGUCAGAACCCCUCGGACAUUGAGUGCAGACCAAAAUUAUACCCCCAAAAAACACCCAAGGAAUUAGGACAACAUGUUGUUUGUACUGUGUCUGACGGUUUAAUAUGCUACAAUAAGGAUCAAAUCACAUUAUCUGGUCGAUGCUAUGAUUAUGAAGUCAGAUUCUUAUGCUGUAGAAAUUACUGCACAACCACAUCCCCAGCGUCCACAACUUCUAUACAGUCUACAACUGCUACAACAACCGCGUGUUAUUGCUAUACAAAUGGCAUAUAUUACGCACCAAAUUCUAUUAUUGAGCACCAACAGGAUGGUUUUACAUGUUACUAUAUUUUUUGCACUGAUAUAUGUGAGAUUGUUAGGAUUGGUGAACCUUGCACCACAUCUACAACUGCAACUACAGUCACUCCUCAGACAUCUACGGAAAUACCAGGUUGUCCUCCAAGAAAGUUUAAUGAGACAUGGCUAAUUAACAACUGUACAGUGGCCACAUGUCAUGGAUAUAAUAAUGUUACUAAAGAGCGAGUGAAAUGUCCACCUGUCUUGAGCCAUUCCUGUCCUAAUGGAGCAAAACCAUAUCCGGUCUAUUCAUCUGAUGGCUGCUGCUACCAGAUUGCCUGCAAGACUUCCUGUGUCCCUGAGUGCUCCUGGUCAGUUUGGUAUGACGUGAGUUAUCCUGAAUUUAAUCCGAAUGGAGGAGAUUAUGAAACCUAUGAGAACAUCAGGAAUGCUGGAUAUCACCUGUGUGAGAAGCCAGAGAAUAUUUCCUGCAGAGCAGUGAAUUUCCCAGAUAUACCACUGAAUGACUUGGGGCAGAAUCUGACAUGUGACGUCUCCUAUGGGCUCAUCUGUAACAACAAAGACCAAGAUACGGUUACACCUGUGUGUUAUAACUAUGAGAUAAGUGUAUACUGCUGUAUUCCUCUCCCAGAUUACUGCUUAACUACAACAGUUUACACAAGCACAACAUCCACAACUCAGAGUACAACAUCACUAACAACAACACCAACAACCACGGUUACUACGACUGCAACUACUCCAGAGACAACUACUCCCACCACUACAAAGGCCUCAACAACCACAACUCAGAGUACAACAACAUUGGUAUCUACAUCACCAACAACCACUGUAACAAUUACUCCAGAAAUAACAACAACUCCCAAGUUAACAACUAUACCAGAAACUUCAACACCUUCUACGUCUACAAAGACUACAUCUCCAACUACACCUUCCUGUGUCCCUAAGUGCUCAUGGUCACAGUGGUUUGAUGUGAGUUAUCCUACAAAUGGAGCCAGUGGAGGAGAGUAUGAGACAUAUGAGAAUAUCACAAAAGCUGGAUAUCAUCUGUGUGAGAAACCAGAGAACAUUUCCUGCAGAGCAAAGCAAUUCCCAGAUAAACUGGACAAACUGGGACAGAAAGUGACAUGUGAUGUCUCCUAUGGGCUCAUCUGUAACAACAAAGACCAAGAUGGGGUUGUACCUCUGUGUCACAACUAUGAGAUAAGUGUGUAUUGCUGUCUCCCACUCCCAAGUUACUGCUUAACUACAACCCCUCUCACCACAACAACCACAACUCAGAGUACAACAACGUCUGCAUCACCAACAACCACUGUUACUAAGACUACAACUUCUCCAGAGACAUCUACUCCCACAACUACAAAGGCCACAACAACAUCAACUCAGAGUACAACAUCUACAUCACCAACAACCACUGUUACUAAGACCACAACUUCUCCAGAAACAUCUACUCCCACAACUACAAAGACCACAACAUCAACUCGGAGUACAGCAACAUCGACAUCACCAACAACCACUGUUACUACGACUACAACUUCUCCAGAAACAUCUACUCCCACAACUACAAAGACCACAACAUCAACUCAGAGUACAACAUCUACAUCACCAACAACCACUGUUACUAAGACCACAACUUCUCCAGAAACAUCUACUCCCACAACUACAAAGACCACAACAACAUCAACUCAGAGUACAACAUCUACAUCACCAACAACCACUGUUACUAAGACCACAACUUCUCCAGAAACAUCUACUCCCACAACUACAAAGACCACAACAUCAACUCGGAGUACAGCAACAUCGACAUCACCAACAACCACUGUUACUACGACUACAACUUCUCCAGAAACAUCUACUCCCACAACUACAAAGACCACAACAACAUCAACUCAGAGUACAACAUCUACAUCACCAACAACCACUGUUACUAAGACCACAACUUCUCCAGAAACAUCUACUCCCACAACUACAAAGACCACAACAUCAACUCGGAGUACAGCAACAUCGACAUCACCAACAACCACUGUUACUACGACUACAACUACUCCAGAAAUAACUACACCAGAGACAUCUACUCCCACAACUACAAAGACCACAUCUCCAACUACACCUUCCUGUUUCCGUAAGUGCUCAUGGUCACAGUGGUUUGAUGUGAGUUAUCCUACAAAUGGAACCAGUGGAGGAGAUUACGAGACAUAUGAGAAUAUCACAAAAGCUGGAUAUCAUCUGUGUGAGAAACCAGAGAACAUUUCCUGCAGAGCAAAGCAAUUCCCAGAUAAACUGGACAAACUGGGACAGAAAGUGACAUGUGAUGUCUCCUAUGGGCUCAUCUGUAACAACAAAGACCAAGAUGGGGUUGUACCUCUGUGUUACAACUAUGAGAUAAGUGUGUAUUGCUGUCUCCCACUCCCAAGUUACUGCUUAACUACAACCCCUCUCACCACAACAACCACAACUCAGAGUACAACAACGUCUGCAUCACCAACAACCACUGUUACUAAGACUACAACUUCUCCAGAGACAUCUACUCCCACAACUACAAAGGCCACAACAACAUCAACUCAGAGUACAACAUCUACAUCACCAACAACCACUGUUACUAAGACCACAACUUCUCCAGAAACAUCUACUCCCACAACUACAAAGACCACAACAUCAACUCGGAGUACAGCAACAUCGACAUCACCAACAACCACUGUUACUACGACUACAACUUCUCCAGAAACAUCUACUCCCACAACUACAAAGACCACAACAUCAACUCAGAGUACAACAUCUACAUCACCAACAACCACUGUUACUAAGACCACAACUUCUCCAGAAACAUCUACUCCCACAACUACAAAGACCACAACAACAUCAACUCAGAGUACAACAUCUACAUCACCAACAACCACUGUUACUAAGACCACAACUUCUCCAGAAACAUCUACUCCCACAACUACAAAGACCACAACAUCAACUCGGAGUACAGCAACAUCGACAUCACCAACAACCACUGUUACUACGACUACAACUUCUCCAGAAACAUCUACUCCCACAACUACAAAGACCACAACAACAUCAACUCAGAGUACAACAUCUACAUCACCAACAACCACUGUUACUAAGACCACAACUUCUCCAGAAACAUCUACUCCCACAACUACAAAGACCACAACAUCAACUCGGAGUACAGCAACAUCGACAUCACCAACAACCACUGUUACUACGACUACAACUACUCCAGAAAUAACUACACCAGAGACAUCUACUCCCACAACUACAAAGACCACAUCUCCAACUACACCUUCCUGUUUCCGUAAGUGCUCAUGGUCACAGUGGUUUGAUGUGAGUUAUCCUACAAAUGGAACCAGUGGAGGAGAUUACGAGACAUAUGAGAAUAUCACAAAAGCUGGAUAUCAUCUGUGUGAGAAACCAGAGAACAUUUCCUGCAGAGCAAAGCAAUUCCUAGAUAAACUGGACAAACUGGGACAGAAAGUGACAUGUGAUGUCUCCUAUGGGCUCAUCUGUAACAACAAAGACCAAGAUGGGGUUGUACCUCUGUGUUACAACUAUGAGAUAAGUGUGUAUUGCUGUCUCCCACUCCCAAGUUACUGCUUAACUACAACCCCUCUCACCACAACAACCACAACUCAGAGUACAACAACGUCUGCAUCACCAACAACCACUGUUACUAAGACUACAACUUCUCCAGAGACAUCUACUCCCACAACUACAAAGGCCACAACAACAUCAACUCAGAGUACAACAUCUACAUCACCAACAACCACUGUUACUAAGACCACAACUUCUCCAGAAACAUCUACUCCCACAACUACAAAGACCACAACAUCAACUCGGAGUACAGCAACAUCGACAUCACCAACAACCACUGUUACUACGACUACAACUACUCCAGAAAUAACUACACCAGAGACAUCUACUCCCACAACUACAAAGACCACAUCUCCAACUACACCUUCCUGUUUCCGUAAGUGCUCAUGGUCACAGUGGUUUGAUGUGAGUUAUCCUACAAAUGGAACCAGUGGAGGAGAUUACGAGACAUAUGAGAAUAUCACAAAAGCUGGAUAUCAUCUGUGUGAGAAACCAGAGAACAUUUCCUGCAGAGCAAAGCAAUUCCCAGAUAAACUGGACAAACUGGGACAGAAAGUGACAUGUGAUGUCUCCUAUGGGCUCAUCUGUAACAACAAAGACCAAGAUGGGGUUGUACCUCUGUGUUACAACUAUGAGAUAAGUGUGUAUUGCUGUCUCCCACUCCCAAGUUACUGCUUAACUACAACCCCUCUCACCACAACAACCACAACUCAGAGUACAACAACGUCUGCAUCACCAACAACCACUGUUACUAAGACUACAACUUCUCCAGAGACAUCUACUCCCACAACUACAAAGGCCACAACAACAUCAACUCAGAGUACAACAUCUACAUCACCAACAACCACUGUUACUAAGACCACAACUUCUCCAGAAACAUCUACUCCCACAACUACAAAGACCACAACAUCAACUCGGAGUACAGCAACAUCGACAUCACCAACAACCACUGUUACUACGACUACAACUACUCCAGAAAUAACUACACCAGAGACAUCUACUCCCACAACUACAAAGACCACAUCUCCAACUACACCUUCCUGUUUCCGUAAGUGCUCAUGGUCACAGUGGUUUGAUGUGAGUUAUCCUACAAAUGGAACCAGUGGAGGAGAUUACGAGACAUAUGAGAAUAUCACAAAAGCUGGAUAUCAUCUGUGUGAGAAACCAGAGAACAUUUCCUGCAGAGCAAAGCAACUCCCAGCUAUACCACUGGACAAACUGGGACAGAAAGUGACAUGUGAUGUCUCCUAUGGGCUCAUCUGUAACAACAAAGACAAAGAUGGGGUCUUACCUGUGUGUUACAACUAUGAGAUAAGUGUGUAUUGCUGUCUCCCACUCCCAAGUUACUGCUUAACUACAACCCCUGUCACCACAACAACCACAACUCAGAGUACAACAUCUACAUCACCAACAACCACUGUUACUAAGACCACAACUUCUCCAGAAACAUCUACUCCCACAACUACAAAGACCACAACAACAUCAACUCAGAGUACAACAUCUACAUCACCAACAACCACUGUUACUAAGACCACAACUUCUCCAGAAACAUCUACUCCCACAACUACAAAGACCACAACAUCAACUCGGAGUACAGCAACAUCGACAUCACCAACAACCACUGUUACUACGACUACAACUACUCCAGAAAUAACUACACCAGAGACAUCUACUCCCACAACUACAAAGACCACAUCUCCAACUACACCUUCCUGUGUCCCUAAGUGCUCAUGGUCACAGUGGUUUGAUGUGAGUUAUCCUACAAAUGGAGCCAGUGGAGGAGAGUAUGAGACAUAUGAGAAUAUCACAAAAGCUGGAUAUCAUCUGUGUGAGAAACCAGAGAACAUUUCCUGCAGAACAAAGAAACUCCCAGAUAUACCACUGGACAAACUGGGACAGAAAGUGACAUGUGAUGUCUCCUAUGGGCUCAUCUGUAACAACAAAGACCAAGAUGGGGUCUUAUCUGUGUGUUACAACUAUGAGAUAAGUGUGUAUUGCUGUCUCCCACUCCCAAAUUACUGCUUAACUACAACCCCUCUCACCACAACAACCACAACUCAGAGUACAACGUCUGCAUCACCAACAACCACAGUUACUAAGACUACAACUUCUCCAGAGACAUCUACUCCCACAACUACAAAGGCCACAACAACAUCAACUCAGAGUACAACAUCUACAUCACCAACAACCACUGUUACUAAGACCACAACUUCUCCAGAAACAUCUACUCCCACAACUACAAAGACCACAACAUCAACUCGGAGUACAGCAACAUCGACAUCACCAACAACCACUGUUACUACGACUACAACUACUCCAGAAAUAACUACACCAGAGACAUCUACUCCCACAACUACAAAGACCACAUCUCCAACUACACCUUCCUGUGUCCCUAAGUGCUCAUGGUCACAGUGGUUUGAUGUGAGUUAUCCUACAAAUGGAGCCAGUGGAGGAGAGUAUGAGACAUAUGAGAAUAUCACAAAAGCUGGAUAUCAUCUGUGUGAGAAACCAGAGAACAUUUCCUGCAGAACAAAGAAACUCCCAGAUAUACCACUGGACAAACUGGGACAGAAAGUGACAUGUGAUGUCUCCUAUGGGCUCAUCUGUAACAACAAAGACCAAGAUGGGGUCUUAUCUGUGUGUUACAACUAUGAGAUAAGUGUGUAUUGCUGUCUCCCACUCCCAAAUUACUGCUUAACUACAACCCCUCUCACCACAACAACCACAACUCAGAGUACAACAACGUCUGCAUCACCAACAACCACUGUUACUAAGACUACAACUUCUCCAGAGACAUCUACUCCCACAACUACAAAGACCACAACAUCAACUCGGAGUACAACAUCUACAUCACCAACAACCACUGUUACUAAGACCACAACUUCUCCAGAAACAUCUACUCCCACAACUACAAAGACCACAACAUCAACUCGGAGUACAGCAACAUCCACAUCACCAACAACCACUGUUACUACGACUACAACUACUCCAGAAAUAACUACACCAGAGACAUCUACUCCCACAACUACAAAGACCACAUCUCCAACUACACCUUCCUGUGUCCCUAAGUGCUCAUGGUCACAGUGGUUUGAUGUGAGUUAUCCUACAAAUGGAACCAGUGGAGGAGAGUAUGAGACAUAUGAGAAUAUCACAAAAGCUGGAUAUCAUCUGUGUGAGAAACCAGAGAACAUUUCCUGCAGAGCAAAGGAAUUCCCAUAUAUACCACUGGACACACUGGGACAGAAAGUGACAUGUGAUGUCUCCUAUGGGCUCAUCUGUAACAACAAAGACCAAGAUGAGGUCUUACCUGUGUGUUACAACUAUGAGAUAAGUGUGUAUUGCUGUCUCCCACUCCCAAAUUACUGCUUAACUACAACCCCUCUCACCACAACAACCACAACUCAGAGUACAACAACGUCUGCAUCACCAACAACCACUGUAACUAAGACUACAACUUCUCCAGAGACAUCUACUCCCACAACUACCAAGGCCACAACAACCACAACUCAGAGUACAACAUCUACAUCACCAACAACCACUGUUACUAAGACCACAACUACUCCAGAAACAUCUACUCCCACAACUACAAAGACCACAACAUCAACUCAGAGUACAACAACAUCUACAUCACCAACAACCACUGUUACUAUAACUACAACUUCUUCCAAGACAACAACUACAGCUCCAACUGCAACUAAAACCACAAUUACAGCUUCCUGUGUCCCUAAGUGCUCAUGGUCACAGUGGUUUGAUGUGAGUUAUCCUACAAAUGGAACCAGUGGAGGAGAGUAUGAGACAUAUGAGAAUAUCACAAAAGCUGGAUAUCAUCUGUGUGAGAAACCAGAGAACAUUUCCUGCAGAGCAAAGGAAUUCCCAUAUAUACCACUGGACACACUGGGACAGAAAGUGACAUGUGAUGUCUCCUAUGGGCUCAUCUGUAACAACAAAGACCAAGAUGAGGUCUUACCUGUGUGUUACAACUAUGAGAUAAGUGUGUAUUGCUGUCUCCCACUCCCAAAUUACUGCUUAACUACAACCCCUCUCACCACAACAACCACAACUCAGAGUACAACAACGUCUGCAUCACCAACAACCACUGUAACUAAGACUACAACUUCUCCAGAGACAUCUACUCCCACAACUACCAAGGCCACAACAACCACAACUCAGAGUACAACAUCUACAUCACCAACAACCACUGUUACUAAGACCACAACUACUCCAGAAACAUCUACUCCCACAACUACAAAGACCACAACAUCAACUCAGAGUACAACAACAUCUACAUCACCAACAACCACUGUUACUAUAACUACAACUUCUUCCAAGACAACAACUACAGCUCCAACUGCAACUAAAACCACAAUUACAGAGUGUAUUGAACCUAAUGGUGUGAUUAAAAUGCCUGGAGAUAACUGGAUAAGAAACUGCUACAACUGUACAUGUGACCACUACGGAACUAUAAUAUGCACGCCAAUCCAGUGUCCGCAACCUGUUCUACUAAACUGCACAAAUGGCUAUGUUGUAAAUGUUACUGAUCAAAACAAUCCUUGUUGUAUGAAGCAAGUGUGCCGUCAACACUUGCAAGGCUGUAGCCUAACCCCAACGCUAGUCACCAUUAAGUAUAACAAGUGUACAUCUAUUGGGCCUGUGCCUAUUAAUUAUUGCAGCGGAUCAUGCGAUUCUUCAACCAUGUUCUCUAUAAUAAAUCACAGGAUGGAACAGAAUUGUAGAUGCUGCAUACCAACCCAGACCAGCGAAAUAGAAGUGUCUCUGGAAUGCGAAGAUGGCAGUAACACAAGUUACACAUACACUGAUAUAGAGAAAUGUGAUUGCUCAAUCCCUACAUGCAAAGAUUACGCAACAACUUAAUAUGUCAAGUAUAAUCUUUCUUAUGAAUUUUGAGUUUAAAAUGUAAAGCCAAAAAUAUUAAAUUUCUUAUGUAUUGCCUACUUGUUAUGUCAGCGACAUUAGUCUAAGAGUAGUACAAGAUGUUCUAUCAAUUUAUAAUGUAGUAUUUCUAUGUAAAAAACUUGAAUUUUCAAAUUAUUAAAAGCCUUUAUGCAAAUAAAUGAAAUGCUAAUAUUGCCCGCUAAUUUUACUGUUAUUCCUGCAACAGUUAUACAAGGUUCAACAAAUGAAAUGAUUUAAAGCAUUUCUGCCACCUACAUAAUAGACAGCCAUGUUACCGAUGUACACAUUCCUAGGCUUUCUUACAUCUACAGUACAUUCCCACGAUAAUUGCUCUAUCCCACCAGUUGUCUGCCUGUAUUGUGUGGAGGACAUACAGAUGUGGCCACGCUCAUGCAGCCUGCGGCUCAGCCACACGCGCCACUCCGAGGCGCGGGUGCGACUUAGUUCCUCAUUCAGUAGAAUGGCAUUUGCAAAGCUGCUUGCAGCUUAGUACGUCGCAAUCCUUAGCUGCAGCUUAGUACGCCCUCCAUGUAUUCCUAUGGGUGCAUGUACUUAAAAGUAACGCCCACACCCUAGUUGUGGGCACACCUUCCGCGUCUGGCUUCCCGCAAAUACGGAAAACUGCAGGCUGGAUUAGCGUGGCUACAUCUGUAUUCCAUUUAAUAAUAAAGCUUUACAUCCUAAUAUUGAUAUUGAAUUUGAUAUACCAUUUAAAGUUGGCUAGUUGUAGAGCUAUUAUUGCUUUCCACUCUAAAAUGGCACAUGGAAUGAGGUGUUUAUUAGUCUUUGUGCCUACACCCUCCUCAGUGUCACACCGCUUGGCUGUGAGUCAAAUGACAUGGGGCAUGACCCAGAGGUGGACGCAGGGCAAUCUUAAUGUAUAGGCACACUGGGCAGCUGCACAUGGCCUUACAAUUCUAGGGGCCUCUGAGUAGUGGUGAAUGUUGGUCACACAAUCAGAGCACCGAGGAACUGCCUCCCAGCCUGCAGCCAGACAGUGAAUGGCUGUCAGCAUGCUGACUGGUGGAUGGCUGGAGCUAUCCACCAGUCAGAGUGCUAACAGCCAUUCACUGUAUGGAAGCAUGUGGGGGAUGGUGCAGGACCACAGGAGGGGCAUGUUACUAUUUGUAAUACUUGAUUCCUGUGAAUGGGUGUGUAGGGGUCCCAGUGCAUUGCUUUGCCCAGGGCCUACUAUGCUAUUGGUGUGGAUGGAGUGCAGUAGCAACAGCUUGUUGUGGAAGCUACUGUGAAUUUAUGCUGAGAUGCCCACCUGCUGUUGCUCUAAUAUGCCAUGGUGCACACAAAUGCGUACCAUCAGUCGGGCAUCAGGUACACCAUAGGCAUACUUGCCUACUUUUGAAAAAGCAUUUCAGGGUGAUUGUGAAAGUACCACCUAUCAGCGCAGACGUACAUAUGAUUCUACAUCUGAGAGGCCCCAAAGUUAGUAAGAUCUACUUAGUUAUUGAAGAAAAGACACUGGUAUUUUGCAGGAUUUGUUUGUAUAUUGUGUUUUACAAGAGGUUCCAUAUACUGUAAGUUGCCACGAGAAACCUUAUUUAAAAUAUAUGUAGCCAUAGGGAUCGUUGUGCCUUAUAAACUUACCAAUGCAGGGAAAUGGAACUGAUGAUCCCAUUUGAAUGUAUAUAGCUAUAUAGCUCUGAUUCCCUCCAAGAAUGUAACAGCUACAUAAUGGGAAUAAGUGUAAUCAGGGAGAUUUAUGGACUAUUCAGGGAGUCAGGGAGAUUAACACUAUUCAGGGAGUCUCCUGCAGAAUGAGGGAGGAUAGGCAACUAUGACCAUAGGUCUUAUGAGCAAACCUAUGGCUGCCCAGAAAGGCUGAUGGAAUUGAACUGCCAGUGUCAGUGGAACUGUGUCUUCCGAUGAAGUCUCCCACAAACACGCUGAUGCCAGACACCCCACUGUCACCGCCCAGGAACGCCUAAUUGAACUGCAUAGAUCUCCAUGUCGUUCUGAUCUGCCAAUGGAAAUACUCGAGAUGCAUGAUCAUUGUGUUUCAGAUGUAUGCGUAGAUGUAAUAUAUUAGGCACAUGCGUUCAAUGUUAUACAUCCAUCCAGGUCUGUAUCAGGCCCAUAGCCCAGGAAAACAAACCAAGGUCACCCUGUGGCUUGGAAUGUAGCAUGAAGCUUUUACCAACACUAAACAGAAAACUCAAAUUAAGUUUCUCUUCCAAUUAAUGUAAUUGGUUCUCAGCAUAUAUUUUGUUUUAUCUUGUGUUUAAAGAUUACUGUAAUCUUGUUU